GGCGCCGAGAUCCGCAGCGGGAGCCGGAACCCUGCGGGAGGAGCCGCGCAGGAGCCGGCACCCGCCGUGGGAGGGGCGGCGACGGCGGCCGGAGCAACCUCGGGAGGCAAACGGAGCCGCCAUGGCCGAGUUCCCGUCUAAAGUGAGCACACGGACCAGCAGCCCCGCGCAGGGAGCCGGCGCCUCGGUCUCGGCGCUGCGCCCCGAUCUGGGCUUCGUGCGCUCCAGCCUCGGUGCGCUCAUGCUGCUGCAGUUGGUGCUGGGGCUGCUGGUGUGGGCCCUGAUUGCCGACACCCCAUACCACCUGUACCCAGCCUACGGCUGGGUGAUGUUCGUCGCUGUCUUCCUUUGGCUGGUGACAAUCGUCUUCUUCAUCCUCUACCUGUUUCAGCUGCACAUGAAACUGUACAUGGUGCCCUGGCCGCUGGUGUUAAUGAUCUUUAACGUGGGCGCCACCGUUCUUUACAUCACGGCCUUCAUCGCCUGCUCUGCUGCGGUUGAACUGACAUCCCUGAAGGGCACCCGGCCGUAUAACCAGCGGGCAGCUGCCUCUGUGAGUAUGGUUCCCUGGGACGCCCUGGGCAGUUACAGGGAAGAUGGGCCAAAGCAAGGUCUGUGCCCCUGGACUCCACUGCUCCCCUGGCCCAAGACCAGGCACCUGCCACCUGCUGAGUCACCCUCCUCACUCUCAUUGGACUCACAGUCUUCCAUAAUGACAAGUAAAACCCUGAGGAACCAGAAUGCCUGGGAAAUACUUCGGGGUGGUGAAUGAAGUUUUGGGUUAACUGCUGAACUUUGAUGAGUAUGAAUUGUGCCACACCCAUUUAUGGUCAUAUGUCCCCUUGGAGAAUCUGUUAAAAACUCUAUCCUCUCCCCUUGAAAAAAGCACAUGCAAGAAACUUUUGGUUUAGGCCACGUAGGCGAUUCUCAGGCUCUCCCAUGCAGCCAAAACUUGGGCUCCACAUCAGGCAGCUGGGGAAGUAUCAGAACCCCCUCCAUGCUUUCCACGCCUCACCCUACAAGGCCCUGCAGACACUUCUUCACAGGGACUGGCAGUCCUUUCAACAGACAAGGAAACUGAAGCUCAGAGAGGUGAAGUGACAUGCCUAGACUGAGUCUCAGGUAGACCAGGACUUCGGUUUCCUCACUCUUCCUGGUGAGAAUGGUUUUGAAAUCUGUGAUCUCAGUUACCAGGAUAAAGACAUGGAGCUUCUGAAUAUGGCCAUAGGUAGUAGUGUAGGGUACUUAGUAACUGAUUCCAGAAAAUUCCUAGGGUAGCUUUUGAAUGUUGCCUUUUAAAACUUAAUCUCUGAUGUGUUUGAAGUAGCUCUUUCCCCUUGGUCACUCAUAGCACCUUGUCCAGUUGCCCUUCACAGUCUGACACACCUUGCCUGUGUGGGUAACGGCUUCCCCCACUAGAAUAUGUUGGCAUCCCAGAACCUGGUACCCAUCAGCCCCCAAUAGUUGUUAAAUGAGUGUACAGCUAAGUAGGAGUUGGUGUGGCUGCCACAGCAACCCAUUCUGGUUGAUUGAGGGGCCCCAGGUGUUGCUGUCUGUGCCUAGCUGCCUGGUGCCUGGGUCACUAUCACAGCCCCCACCCCGUGUGCCACACUGCACACUCAGCUUUGCUGUCUUCUCUUUCAGUUCUUUUCGUGUUUAGUGAUGAUUGCCUACGGAGUGAGCUCUUUCUUCAGCUUCCAGGCCUGGCGAGGAGUAGGCAGCAAUGCAGCCACCAGUCAGAUGGCUGGUGGCUACGCCUAAACCCCCUGUGCCACGGGCCGUCUUGGGGAUGAAGGCUGCAACCGGGUCCCCAUGCAGGUGGCCCCUCAAGCCCGAAGCCUGAGCCUGGUGUGGAGUCAGCCCGGAAGGGACUACACUUGCUCUUCUGCUGAUCAGACUCCUGGGGCUCACCCAACACUCCUAAGGAAUCAGGAUCCUUCCUCUGCAGGCGCAUGGGCUGGGGAGAGGCCAGCAGCCAAGAUCUCCUGUCCAUCCCUCAUAUUCAGCAGAAGGUGAUGAGGGUUAUGGGACUCUCUCUGCUUUGUCUUUAGGACUCCGGUGUCCAAGGCUGGGACCUAGCCUUCUCACUGGCACUAAAUACACUAACCAUGACUCCAGACCUGCAACCCACCAUAGAAUAAGCCUAACAAACAGCAUGUAUUUAUCUUUAUCUUAGGUUUUGUUCUGGGAUUGCUGAGCAAGCUCAUGAAACUGUUCUGAUUCCUUAAAACAAUUCUGACCCCGCCUUCCACCAAGCCAACAUGUCACUUGCAGGGAUACAUGUAGAAAGAGGGUUAUGAUUCUGAUAGCACGGUCCUCCUUUCCUGCAUUUCAAACAUACCAGUUAUUUAAAGCAAAUCAGUUUUAAGCAAUGUCUCAGUGAUGAAAAACUUAAGGUUUCCCUCCCUCUUCUAAGCCCUUGUUUGUAAUAUCCCCUUUGGGAAAAGCUAACAUCAGUACCUCCCUGACACUGCUGAUAGCACCUGGGACGUGAAGGAGGGAGGGAGGGAGACCAAGACCUUGCUGGCGAGUUGUCCUGUGCUUGGUGGUGACUUUGUUGUUUUUGGUUUUUUUACAAAAAUAAAAAUGGAAGAACUUA